AAUAUCUCUUUAAGAAUGAAGCUGAAAUUGGAUCAUCUCGUUCCCUCACCUCCACGUAACGUACAGCCAUCAUCCACACACAUCGAUCGGUUCACAUCCACACGCAUCGCAGAUUGAGAUUAUUAUAAGGACCACCCGUUUCUCCGUUUGAUAUGAAAUCAUGCAUUUCAUAUCGCCGUGGAGAGAGGAGAAUCAUGCAUGUGUCUGAUUGACGAAAAACACGGAUUGUUAUCAGCCCAUGUUUUCAGACACCAUGCACAACUAACCAACAGACACCGUUGAUGAUCGAUAAGAGUGGGGUCGGGUGGCCAUGGACCCCUUCAGCCAGCUGAUCCUGCUCAUCUCUGUGGUGAGUUUUUGCACCUUCCAGUGGCUCUUUCACAGCGUGAGCCCAUGGGCGUCAUCCAGAAUCAGCCCUGGCUUCCUCAAACUCACCCACAAACAGAAGAUCGAGUGGAACUCAAGGACCGUGUCCACGCUCCAUGCCCUGUUAGUUGGCCUUUUCUGCCUCUACAUCCUGUUCUUCGAUGAGGCCGUCAAUCAGGACCCCGUAUGGGGAGAUCCUACUCUGGUGAAGAUAAACGUGAGCAUUACUACAGGCUACCUCAUAUCUGAUCUGCUGCUUAUAUUUUACUAUUGGAGAGCAAUUGGAGACAAGUUUUUUGUAAUCCACCACCUGGCAGCAUUGUAUGCUUACUACUAUGUACUGGGUCAAGGAAUGUUGCCUUAUUUUGCUAACUUCCGUCUGCUUGCAGAGUUUUCCACACCGUGUGUAAACCAACGGUAGGCAUUUGUCUGAUUAAAGUACAAAAUAUUUACAUCUUGAAACCAUUAAAGACAACAUGAGAUAUGAAUUAACACUAUUUACUUUGUGUUUCUAGUUUUAUUGUGUGGAUUCAUUAUUAUGAUUUAAAAUGAUUAGCUAUAGUAUCAUGACUUAACAUUGUAUCCUAACUGUAACAUAACAUUUCCAGCAUUAUUAUUAUUAUUUUUUAUUUUUUUUACCAUUAUUUGUUGUUUGCAUCUUCUUACCAAAAGUAAAAACACAAUUAGACAAAAGCCAAGCCAAUCUGUACCCAUGUAAUUUAUUAUUUAAAGUGGUGCCGGAGUUUUGACCAAAGAGAUUUCAUUGUGGGUUCACCCAAAAAUAAAAAUUUGCUGAAAAUGUACUCACCUUCAGGUCAUCCAA